UUCUCUCUCCUCCCUCAACUGCCUGGAAUUUUCUUCCAACUUUUUUGUCGACUCCCUCCUCAAACCCCCUCUCAAAAUCGUAUUUUUUUUCCAAAAACAUUUGCCUUGCUUUUGAAUUGUCAAUACAAAAUUACGAAAGCAAAGAAGGAAAGAAAGUAAAGCAAGUAAUUAAGGUUCUCCCAUAAAUUAUUCUUCAUUUUUUUUAAUUUUUUGAUCUGGGUUUAUUCUGGGAAUCUUGAUCUACCUUCAAUUUUUUUUGUUGAUUGUAAAAUGGCAAUAAACAGCUGAGUGUAGUGCUUCUCAAGUUCUCAUUGAUUCUGCCAGCCCAUAAAGAGAGAGAAAUUCUUCCAUUAUGGGUUGGCUGAGUAAGAUUUUCGGAGGUUCCAGCAAUAGCCAUAGAGUUUCAGAAGGGCAACAUCAUGGAAGAUAUGGAGAGGAUUCAAUUUGGGACGGUCCCACCACUUCCGGGGAUGCAUGGUCAGAUUACGGGAAUGAAGAUAUUGAUCGUGCAAUUGCACUUUCCCUUGCAGAGGAAGAGGAAAGAAGACAGGAAAAAGAUCAGAAAGGCAAAAAGGUGAUUGAUCAUGAUAGUCUAUUGGAGCAAGAUGAACUACUUGCCAAGGCUCUUCAAGAGAGUUUAAAUAUGGAGUCCCCAGCUCAAACACCACCACAAACUCCUCCCAGACCGCCUCCUCCUCAAUAUGAUCGUGGAAAUAUAUCGCAGCCUGAUCGUGGAAAUAUGUCGCAGCCUUAUCCUUUCUUUUCUUAUGGAUACAGGACUUGUUCUGGUUGUGGUGGUGAGAUUGGUCAUGGACGAUAUUUAAGUUGUAUGGGCGGGUUUUGGCACCCAGAAUGCUUCCGUUGCCAAGCAUGCAAUGAGCCAAUAUCUGAUUAUGAGUUUUCUAUGUCUCGGAAUCGACCAUUUCAUAAAACUUGCUACAAGGAGCAGCAUCAUCCAAGGUGUGACGUCUGCCAAAACUUUAUUCCAACAAAUGCAGCCGGGCUUAUUGAGUAUAGAGCACAUCCUUUCUGGAUGCAAAAGUACUGUCCUUCUCAUGAAUAUGAUAGGACUCCAAGAUGUUGUAGCUGUGAAAGAAUGGAGCCUAAAGACACUGAAUACCUGGGACUUGAUGACGGUCGUAAGCUGUGUUUGGAGUGCCUAGACUCGGCUAUUAUGGAUACUAAUGAAUGCCAACCUCUUUAUAUAGAGAUUCGUGAAUUUUAUGAAGGGUUGAACAUGAAAGUGGAGCAGCAAGUACCCUUACUCUUAGUGGAGAGGCAAGCACUCAACGAGGCUAUGGAAGGAGAAAAACAAGGUCAUCAUCACAUGCCGGAGACCAGAGGACUUUGCCUCUCAGAAGAACAGACAGUGCGAACGAUAUUGAAGAGGCCAAAGAUCGGAGGAGGGCAUCGGAUUAUGGACAUGAUAACUGAGCCAUAUAGGCUGGUCCGUCGUUGUGAAGUCACAGCUAUUCUGAUUCUUUAUGGCCUUCCCAGGCUUCUAACAGGAUCCAUACUUGCACACGAAAUGAUGCACGCAUGGUUACGCCUCAACGGUUACCCCAACCUAAAACCCGAAGUUGAAGAAGGAAUAUGCCAAGUAUUAGCUCAUAUGUGGCUAGAAUCUGAAAUCAUAGCAGGUUCUGGAAAUAGUAGUAAUAGUGGUGCAUCUUCAUCUUCUUCCUCUAAUUCAGAACCCGGAUCUUCAUCUUCUUCUUCUAACAGUAAUUCUUCAAAGAAAGGUAAAAGGUCACAAUUUGAAAGGAAACUUGGUGAUUUUUUCAAACACCAAAUCGAGUCUGAUGGUUCGCCUGCUUAUGGAGACGGGUUCAGGAUAGGUAACCAAGCGGUUAGCAAGUAUGGUUUGAAGCGAACUCUUGAUCAUAUACGAUUAACAGGGACAUUCCCUUGUUAAAAAGAAAGACACUUUUUUUUACCAAAGUGUAAUUUUUUUGAUAUACAUAUGAAUACUGAAAAUGUAUUGGAGGAUUGACAGGUUAUAGGAAUUCAGUACAGCAUUUCUUCUA